CUCACAAUUUCUCUCCCUCUACGGCUUACGCCGACCUGAUCUACUUCCAAGAAUCACGACCGUGCUGUUACUUCUCUUCCUCGCUGGCGCAGCGCUGCUGAUCUCAUCCCUUGCGCACAUCAAAAGAAGAUUCUUAAAGCAAGAUAGUGAUAACUCUGGAUAUGCAUCACAGGGAAGGACUACCAUGACAUGAAAUAAUAGAAAUAAGGUUUGAAGAACUAUGUUUCAAGCAUUGGAUCUCAAGGCAUUUAUUGUCAGAGCACGUGUUCUUAAGCUCUAUAGGCGUGCUUUAAGAACUGCUCGUCGUGCCCCUCCUCAUUCAAGAGAUGAUCUCAGGCUGACAAUUAGGCUUGAAAUGGAGAAGAACAGGCAUUGUGAUGACCAACAGAAAAUUCGAUUCCUGAUCAGUGAAGGAUUGCAGAGACUGAAGGUUCUUGAUGAAAUGCUUGAGAUGCAGGGCCACGGUUAACUCCAGGUAAUUUUUUGAGAGCCUUACCUUAUAUGAUUAUUAUUUAUUCAUUUCUAUAUAGUUUUAUGUGGAUUUGUGGUUGUGUAGCCAGAAAAUAAGAAUAUUUGCAUGGUUAUAAUAUGACAAGGUUAUUUCUGUUAUUUUGAUA